AUGGACGCGCUCAACACAUACCUGGCAUCCACCGGCCAGCCAACCUUUGACUUCUUCGGCCCCAACGCCAACUGCACCAUCGACCUGUGCUCGCCCAGAUGGAGCGUCUACGGCUACAAGCCAUCCCUCAGCGCCAACUUGGCCCUGCUGGCCAUCUUCUUUGCCGCUCUGGUCGCUCAUAUCCUACUCGGCUUGAGGUCGAGGACGUGGUCCUUCAUGGCGUGCAUGAUCUCUGGCUGCUUGGACGAGAUGCUUGGAUACGCCGCACGGGUGUGGAUGUUCUCUGAUCUGUGGAACUUUGAUGCUUUCAUGAUCCAAGUUGUUUGCAUUACAACAGCACCAGUCUUCUACUGCGCCGGCAUUUACAUGGUCCUAGCAAAUACCAUGUCCACCUUCGCCCCAACCCUCUCCCGCUUCCGCCCCUCUUUCCUAUACUGGUUCUUCAUCCCCUGCGACCUAGUCUCCCUCGUCCUUCAAGGUGUGGGCGGCGCCCUGUCCGCCACGACCGCCGGCCUAAGCCAGACGGGCAUCAACAUCGCCCUCGCCGGGCUUGCGUUCCAGGUGGCCACCCUGGUGCUCUUCUGCGCCGUAUACGUCGACUUUGUCUGGCGGUACCACAGGUUGGGCUUCGGGCAGCGGUUGAGGGUGUUUUACGUGUUCGAGGCACUGGCGUUUCUUAUGAUCCUUGCUCGGUGUGCGUUUAGGGUUGGGGAGCUGAGUGAUGGGUACGGUGGUCCCUUGGUCAAAAGGGAGGACCUGUUCAUUGGGUUUGAGGGGGUUCUCAUCGUCGUCGCUGCAUUCGCGCUCUGCGUAGGGCAUCCUGGGCUGAUUUUGAGCCAGUCCCGGCGGAAGAAGAGCCCGACGGAACCCAUCAGUCUGGAGACCGGACCUGAUAAGUAG